UGUCAUGUGAUGGUCACAUGACGUUGUCUUGCGCUGGCUGUGUAUGUGUGCGGUGGGGUUGUGUUCUUGAUUCGGCCGCAGCAUGAGACCCCGGGGAGCCGUGUUGGUAGCUGUGCUCCUGAUCAUCAUUACCACCAGCGGACAGUCCUCAGGGGGAGCACCCAAAGAGCUGUGCGGACACACGUGGGAAGCAGUAGAUGGAACGUUGCACUACAAAAUCAACGUCUGUGAAAACCUGAAAGCCAGCGAUUGUGGAGGGGCAGCAAGUUUGGUUUGUGCUCAUGAUACAAGCAAGAAUACUUCUCAACCAGUCGGAAAUGUACUUGUGCAAAGUGACAAUAAUGUGCUUGUGUAUAACACUUCUGUGAGCUGUCCAAAGCCUGACCAUACAGUCCAAAGUAUCAUUAACCUAGUGUGUGGGAAAACUCUAGGAACCCCUGAAUUUGUGAAAUUUGAAGAGUGUGUACAUUACUUUGAAUGGAGAACAUUCACUGCUUGCAAGAAGAACAAAUUUAAACCUAUCCAAGAGGUGCCCUGUUACAUUUUUGACGCUGAUUACAAGAAGCAUGAUUUGAACCCAUUAAUAAGGACCACUGGUGGAUAUUUAGUAGAUGAUUGGGAUACGGACUCUGACUUGUACAUUAAUGUUUGUCGAACAAUUGGCAACUCAGAAGGAGACACGUCGGCAUGUCCUGCAGCAAGUGCUGCAUGCAUUGUUAAGGGUGGCAAGGCUUAUGAUAUUGGGCGACCAAAGGAGCCCCUUACGUCUUAUUUCGCAGAGAGGCUUGUUCUACACUAUGAAACAGACACAAAGCCUGAUUUCUGUGAUGAUCAUCAGCCAGCAGUAACUAUAACGUUUAUCUGUCCAACAUCAGGAACUGAGGUUACAGGCCCAAAAUUAACUGCCAACUCCAAUUGCCGCUAUGAGAUCGAAUGGGUUACAGAGAAUGCCUGCCACACCGAGUACCUGGAAAGUGAUACCUGCAAACUCUUCAGCAAGGAAAGAGGCAUUUCUAUCGACUUAAACCCCCUGAAAGAAACGUCUGUCGGUGCUUACCAUGCAGAAGAUGACAAGGGUGAAUACAUGUAUUACUUGAAUGUUUGUGAUCAGACUCGUGGAGGAGAAUGUUCGGGGGAAAUGUCUUCCUGUCAGUUAAAGAAAUCCAGCAGCCAGAGUAAAGGUGCCGGCUCCUCUAAAAAUCAGGCGCUCAGAUAUUCUGAUGGUGACAUUACUUUGACGUAUUCUGGAGGAGAAACCUGUAGCACUGGCUUCCAGCGUAUGACUGUGAUUAAUUUUGAAUGUAAUGAAACGGCAGAGAAUGAUGGGAAAGGAGUGCCAGAAUUUGAUGGUGAAGCUGAUUGCACUUAUUUCUUUUCUUGGGAGACCAAAUAUGCUUGUCUUAAGAAGAAAGAGGACCUCUGUCAUGUUGAAAGCAAGAAAAAGCACUAUAACCUGUUUGAUUUAAUUCGCAGUCCUGAGUCCAGCACUGCCCAGAAUUGGGAGGCUUUGAACACUAACCCUGAUGACAAGAAUCGUUUCUAUAUUAAUGUGUGCCAUGAGGUCUUACAGAGAGGAGGUGCUACGGGCUGUGAGGAGGAUGCUGCAAUUUGUGCAAUGGGUUCCGGCCAAAGGAAAAAUUUAGGGAAGUUUUUGUCCCCUCCAAAGUUGGUUGGUGAUCACAUUGUGCUUGAAUACACGGAGGGUUCAGAGUGUGUGGGAAAAAAGAAAAUUCAAACCAAUAUCAUACUUAAAUGCAGUCCAGGAAACCUCGAAAGUCCCCCUAUACUGAAGCAUUCAGAUGACUGCCUGUAUGAGUUUGAGUGGAACACCGCUGCAGCCUGUGUCCUAUCCAAAACGGAGGGAGAUAAUUGCAGAGUGUCUGAUCCUCAUGUUGGUUUUUACUUUGAUCUAUCACCACUAACCAAGAAAAAUGAAAGUUACAGUGUUGCCGCUGACCAGUAUGACUUUUAUUUAAAUGUAUGCAGCAAUGUAACACAAGAACCAUGUGACACCGGCUCAGGAGCAUGUCAAGUGACAAAAUCGAAGAGUGGUCAUUGGAAUAUUGGUGUAGGAAGUUCCAAACUUUUAUACUAUGAUGGAAUGAUCCAGCUAAGCUACACAGGAGGAACACCCUACAACGAUGAUAAGAAAACCCCUCGCUCAUCGCGUUUUACUUUCUUGUGUGAUCGAGGUGCAGAUAUUGGUCAGCCAGAAUAUCAGAAAGAAGACAAUAACACGUAUAACUUCAAGUGGUACACUAAAUACGCCUGUCCAGCACAGCCCGUGGAAUGUAUCGUGGUAGAUGAAAAAACAAAUGAACAAUAUGAUUUAUCCAGCUUAUCUAAAGUACAAGGGGUACACACUACAAACUGGUAUUCCAUUGACGAAGGCCAUGGGAAACGGAGAAAAUAUUAUAUUAAUGUAUGCCGGUCUUUGAUACCUGUUACAGGGUGUGAUCCCUUUGCAUCUGUGUGCCAAAUGGAAUAUACAAAGGUCUCUGACACGAUGGCUGAAACGGUGGAAAUCAGCAAUUUGGGGGUGGCAAGCAAGAAGCCUGUUAUAGAUGGUGAUAACGUAAUUCUGGAAUAUACAAAUGGAUCUGCAUGUAUCGACAUGGAAGGAAACCGGACAACCUAUUCUUCAGUAAUACAUCUUUCUUGCAAGAAAGGCGCUACGAGUUUAAGUCCAAUUUUUGUUGCAGUUGCAAAUUGUGUCGCUACGUUUAUAUGGUACACUGAAGCUGCUUGUCCUGUUAAGGCAACACAUGGAAAAGAGUGUAAAGUGGAAAACCCAAACACAGGAUUUGUUUAUAAUUUAGAAUCUUUGAGGAAUCAGUCUGGAUAUGUUGCUAAAGGAAAUGGUAAAACUUUCAAGCUGAAUAUAUGUGGCCCGGUCGAGGAGUGUGGUUCUGCAGCAGCUGGCUGCGAACUUGAAAACGGCGUGGUAUCUAGACCAGUCCAGAUAAGCCAGUCACUGGAUCUUUCCUCAGAUUUCAUCUCCCUUACCUAUCAUGGAGCCCUUCAUAAAGAAACUGGCCAAGGGGAUACGUUUACAAUAAACUUUGCGUGCAAUGAUGAUCUAUAUCCUGGUGAACUCAGCUUUUUAAGACAGGAAAUAAACUCUCAAACUGAUCUCUACCACACAUUUUUUGAUUUUAAAACUGCAAUGGCUUGCUCCCCAUCUCUAGUGGAUUGUCAGGUUGCAGAUACUGCAGGGAAUGAAUAUGAUUUAAGUGACCUUAGUCGGGAUAAUGAACCUUGGAUAGCUAUAGAUACAUCCGACAGUGCAAAAAAUAGAACAUUUUACCUCAAUGUUUGCAAGCCUCUUCCCUACAUUCGAGGAUGCCCAGGGGGAGUUGUUGGGUCCUGCAUGAAGACUACAGAUAAUAAAAGCUUCAACCUUGGCUUUAUUCAGAUGAGUCCUCAGGCUUCAGCAGAUGGGUCUCUUACCAUCGUCUACAUGAGUGGAGACAAAUGUAGAGACAACAAGCAUUACUCUACACGGAUCAUCUUCCAUUGUGGCCAUAACAUAGGGUCCCCUGUUUUCCAAGAGCUAGAUGACUGUGAAUAUGUAUUCUUGUGGAGGACAUCUGAAGCAUGCCCUGUUAUAAGAGCUGAAGGUGACAAAUGCCAAGUUACAGACCCCAAAUAUGGUCAUGUGUAUAAUCUGAAACCGCUGGGGGCAAAGAAUGUGGAAGUGAAAUACGGCGCUUACUUAUAUCAGCUUCGUGUCUGUGGGGAAGUUACAGAGUCGUCUUGUACAUCCAAAGCGCCUAGUGGAACAACAGUUUCUUCCUGCCAGAUCAAGGGAGCCACAGUAAAGGUGGCAGGAUUAACCAACCAAAAGAUGAUAUAUGAAGAUGGCCUCAUUAUGGUAAAUUAUACAGGAGGAGAUCUCUGUCACCAGAAGUAUAACCGUACAACACUUAUUCUCUUCUACUGUGACAAAACCGAAAGGAUGCCUGUUUUUAUGAACGAGACUUCGGACUGCAUAUAUAUGUUUGAGUGGCGCACACCCCUUGCCUGCCCUCCCUUCAAACCCGUUGACUGCUCCUUCAAGGACACUGAUGGGAAUUCAUAUGACCUGUCUUCACUGUCGCUUUACACUGAAAACUGGGAAGCUGAAGUUCCAUCUGACUCAAGGCAAAACUACAUUCUAAAUAUUUGCAAGCCUUUAGUGCCAAAAUCUGGAACAGCCUCCUGUCCAUAUGGCGCUGCUGCCUGUCUGUUUGAUGGUACAAAGGCUAUAAGUUUGGGAGAGCCUUUAUCCAGUCCUAGAUGGGACAAUGGUGUUGCUGUCCUCCAGUAUACGAAUGGAGACCGAUGUCCUGACCGUUUAAGAAAUAAGACCACAACUAUACGUUUCGAGUGUGAACGAGAUCAAGCUGAUUCCAAGCCACAGCUGAUUACAGUCUUGGAAGACUGUGACUAUACCUUUUAUUGGGGUACACCUAAUGCCUGUGAACUGAAGGUAAACACACAUGAUGACUGCCGAGUUACAAACCCUACAACAGGCUAUCUCUUUGAUCUGUCAUCCUUGUCAAGUAAAGAUGGUUAUGCUAUUCAUGAUCGUGAAAGAUCAAUAAAGUUGAAUAUUUGCAGUGCCGUUAAGCCUGAGUUUUGCGAUGCCGCAGCUGGUGUGUGCGUAUCAGAAGGUGGAAAGCACUUGAAUGCAGGAAAGGCCCAGAGCCUUCUCACCUACACAGAUAAGAUGCUGAGGCUAGUUUAUAAAGAUGGUGAUGUAUGCAGCAAGAACCCAUCAUUUAAACACCAGAGUGUUUUCACCUUUGUGUGUGGAUCAGACCCAGCUGCUGGCAGCCUUCCAUCCUUUGUGUCCUUCAGUGAAGACACGUGUACCUGGCAGUUCACAUGGCACACGUCUCUGGUCUGUGAGAAAAAGGUUGAAUGCUCAGUGCAGAAUGGCACCUCCACUAUUAAUCUGGGUCCUUUGACGAAGCACGUGGGUUACUAUGAGGUCCUGCAGAGUGAGGAGUCAGAUUCUGCAGUCUUUUACCUAAGUUUAUGUCAGCCUUUAAAUGAGGUUGUUGGUGUUAAAUGUCCAACAGGCGCAGCGGCAUGCAGGGUCGCAUCUAGUGGAGAAGCAAUUGAUAUUGGUCGCCCAAGUAGUCCUCCUCAGAUUGAUGCUGCAAAUCAAACUGUCUCAGUUGAAAUGAACAGCUCGACACCAUGUGAUACGGACAAACGGUUAAACUAUUCUACCAUUAUCAUCUUUCGUUGCAAAAAGGGAGUAGACCUGGGAAGCCCAAAGUUUGUCCAAGAAGCUGACUGCAAUUAUGUGUUUGAGUGGGGCACCCCAUUAGUGUGUCCUGAUGAGGAAAUAUUGUCUGGAUGUUCUCUGAUGGACCAACAGCGUCAUUACACAUUUAACCUGUCUAGCCUAUCUGGGCAAACCUACAAGACAUCAGGGUUAAACCCCUACUACAUUGGAGUAUGUUCAGCAGCAGAAAAUUUACCAUUUGUUAAAUGUGAUGGCGCUGUGUGCCUUCAAUCAGGAAACGCUGUCUUUUCCUACGGCAAUACAAAAGCAAUGAAAAUGGAGUAUCACCAUUUAGAAGAUAUGUUGGUUCUUAAGUAUGUUGGAGGAGAUCCUUGCCCACCAGUGACUGAAAGUGGUGAUGUCUGUGUCCUACCAUUUACAUAUAAAGGAAAAACAUAUAGCACAUGUAUUUCUGAAGAUAAACUUCGGCUAUGGUGUCCAACCUCCUCAGAUUUCGAGAAAAGUGGCAAAUGGGAUUAUUGUUUAACAGUAUCUGAAAGGAGACGCUCCACCAUCAUCUUUAAGUGCGAUGAACGUGCUGCAAGAGGAGCCCCUGUGUUGGUCGCUGACACCAAGGGGUGCUCAGCGACAUUUGAAUGGAAAACGCAGUUGGCAUGUCUUCCAAGGAAGUUGGAUUGCAAGUUCAUUAUUGAUCACAAAUCUUAUGACUUAAGGAUGCUCUCCUCCUUGACUGGAUCCUGGUCUUUUGCGUCAGAUGGUAGCAAGUAUUAUUUAAACCUUUGUCAAAGAGUGAACCAGGGUCCUAGUGCAUGCUCAGAGAGUGCUAGUGUGUGCCGGGAGAGUAACGGGCGAGUUCAGGCUUUGGGGCAAGUUCACACACAGAAGGUUACAGUGAAGGGUAAUGUAGUGUCAGUGACUUAUUCCGGUGGAGACUCUUGUGGAAAGGACAAAACAUUUUCUACCACAAUAGAGCUGACGUGUGCGAAUGUAACUGGAAAACCAAAGAUGAAGCGAUACAACUCGGAGUCUUGUCAGUACAUAAUUACAUGGGAGACCAGAGCAGCUUGUGCUGUUGUUCCAAAAGAGGUUGUGAUGACACAUGGAAUCGUAUAUGGAGACAAUGGUGCAAGUGUUAACAUGUCAGGCAUCUUUCUCAAAUUUUACAAUGCCAGUGGGGAUGUAAGAGUGACAGAUCAUUAUAUGUAUGAAAUUCAACUUUCUGGUAGAGAAAACUCUGCCCAUCAGAAUUGUAAUGGAGCCAGCGUAUGCCAAGUAAAGACAAAUGAUCCAUUCACAAGAGCAAUCGGUUCUCCUACCAAAGCCAAGUAUUAUAUCGAUGAUGAUAGUUUAGAAGCAGUUUUCUCUUCGAACUCGAUAUGUGGUAAAGAUCGCCAAAAAAAUGCCACUUCCACUAUAUUCUUCUACUGUAUCCAAACUGAAGAGGAAGGGAGACCAGAAUUCCUACAUGAAACAGCCGACUGUCAGUAUUUAUUCUCUUGGUACACACCUGCCAUCUGUCCACUGGUGCCAGACAGUGCUGGAAGUACUACAGACGACGAAGAUCAUCAGAAUCAAUACCAGGGCCUGUCUGGCAGAAGCCAAGCUGUGGGAGCUAUUCUUAGUAUUCUUUUAGUGAUCCUGGUCAUCUGUCUGGUGGUGUUGCUGUUGUACAAAAAAGAGAGAAGGGAAACGGUGAUGUACAAACUAACCAACUGCUGUAGAAGGAGUUCCAAUGUGUCCUACAAAUACACAAAGAUCAAUACAGAAGAAGAAAUGGACAAUGAAACUGAGUGGCUUAUGGAAGAAGUGUCUGGAAGCCAUGCAAAACCACACCAUGAGAACGGUCAUGUCAGAAGCGUGAAGGCCGGAGCGUUUACGUCAUUGCAUGUGGAUGACCUUGACAGUGAAGAUGAGGUUCUGACUGUACCAGAGGUCAGAAUAAAGUCUGCAAGGAACCAGAAGAGGAGUGAAAAAACGUCAAACCCAUAUCCUUCUGGCAGUGACGAGAACUUGAUAGGAGUUUUUAAUGGAGGGCAAGAAAAGACUAGAAAGCUGAGAUCUGGCCAACAGAAUAAAGAGGACAAGCUGAAUGUGGCCUCAUUUCAUGAUGACAGUGACGAGGACAUGCUUAACGUUUAGUGCCAGCUGCAAUUUCAAUCCCUCCUCCUAACUGUGCCUAAAAUAACAUUGUUUGAAUGGACAAUGCUACUGCAACCAAAUACGCAUAACUCGACCUGUUUUGUUUUUUUGACCUUUUUAUGGGUUGAGCAUAAAAUGUAGAUAUUGGGGAAGACAGGGAUUUUUUCUUUCUCUUCAGUUUACAGUGAUAAUCAAAUGAUGUGGAUUAACCCUUUCUGCACUGAAGACUUUUAGGAAAGCUUUCUGUGCAAUGUUUCUGAGUACCCCUGCACUAAAUGCGAUAUGUAAUCAUUGGGAUUUUUGUUUUUUCUAAGUACAGGAGCUGGCAUCUUCUUGUAUUAUGUAAAUUACUCUUUGUAAUCAAUGAAAGACUGAAGAUACAAGUUAAAUCUAUGUGUGUUGGAUCCUCUGCCACUGGAUGACAUCAACAAAGUUUGACUACUAUUUAUUCACUUGAACUACAACUCAGGUUGGCUUACCACAGCAGCAAGUUAUUCCUGCUGGCAGGGCCAUACUGCAGAACUCAAUGAAGGGGGAAAGAUCUCAUCUAGAUUUAGGAAAUGCACUCCUGCAUACUUGUAAUUGUUGUCUUGAAACCAGAGUAUAAUUUAAAUGUGUUAAUAACAUCCUCUUUUUGGACUCCAUACCGAAGCAUUCAGUGAAGAUUUAUGAAAUUCCUUUUUUUUUUAUUAUUAUAAUAUACUUAAAGUUGCUGCUGUCCUUUGCACGAUAUCCAAUUACAGAAUGAAGGUAUUGAACUAUGUCUAUUAGAAAUAAUUUAAUUUAAAGUGGUAUAACCUUUUGUGCAGUUUAAAAGCAAAGGCAUUGAUACGUUUUUGCAGUCCAUUUGUUCUGCCAAUAUUUCUGCCACAAUGUAUUUAUGUAGUCUGAAAUGGAUACUCUACAGGAAGCUUUAAUUUGCACAUUUUUAUUAGGUGGGCUUGAAGGGAGAAAAUUUAAAACCGACUGAAAGUGGACUCUGUGCUCGAGACCUCUUCUUGCAACCAAAGGUGAUCCUGCAACCUCCUCAAUCUCCAAAAGGUGCGAGGUCUGAUUUCAACUGUAGUCUCGUAGGUAGAACAGAUCUAUUCAGAUAUUAUGGUGCUGUGAUAUUAGAAUGAUGGACACCUAUGCAGUGUCAACAAAAGAAACAUCAAGGACUGUAGAUAAUAUCGGAAGAAGGUGGCCCAGCACAAACACCUCUAACAAUGUAUCCCUCUGAGAGAGAACAUCAGUGUUUACUAGUAUGGCUUUUAUUCUGAUUGCAAAUAAUACUUUUUAGAUGGAAAAGUUUUGAAAAUCGGAUACAUUUUCAGUCUAGCUAUCUAAAUUCCUUCAGAUUUUUCUGGAAUAUUUAGCUCUUUCUGGUAAUUACAGUCUUUAUGUUAAAGCUCCAGAAUUCCCAGAUUGUUCAAGUUUUCUGCAUGUUUGCUCGAGGCUAAACGGUUGGAAUUUUUGUUUUUUUUCCUAGGUUUAAACAGCAAUUCAUCUUGAUCUUAUUAUUUUAUAUAUUUCGCCAAAAGCUUUGUUUUUACUUGGUAAUAUUUAUCUGUAUGCAACGAAUGUAAGGAAGAACCAGGUUUUAUUACCUAUAAAAGUGUAUAGAUAUCUAAAAGCCAGUGCUUCAGAGUGAAAAUAAAGUUAAGCAUUGGUUGUAGACCUCUUCCUGCACUUCUGUUAUUUAAGUCUUUAAGGCCUUGUACGUAUGGGCUUUAGUGUGUUUAAGACAAAUGUGUACAUCAAUAUUUUUACUAAACAUUGUUAAAACUUUCAGGAAGGUUUAUUAAGGCAUUUAAAGCAACUUUCAGCUCCCGUUUAAGGAUAGGUUCACGUUAAAAAUAAAAAUGCAGAAUUUUUUUUUUUUUUUUUUUUUGUAGGAUUAUCAGCAGAAUGUGGGUGCCAUGCAAGAUGCCUACAGACUGCUGUAUGUUGUAUGGGCAGGCAGUUUCACAAAGACAAGAAGACUCAAUGAACCACUAGAGCCCUCAACAGCACCCUGGUAGUUCAUUGAGAACUAAAAGCAAACAACCACAAAGGCUAUUGGUACUUGUUGGCUCAUUGAUUCAAUGACACAGCCGUGUCACCCUGCCCACCUGCACUCUUUUCAAAUGGUGACAGCAGGUAUGGGGAGAAGAUCCCUGACCUACUGUCACAGGGAUUGCACGGAUUGGGAAAAUGGGUGCAAACAUAUGAGAGCAUUGGCUGUCAGCAGGCUUUCAACAAGUUUCAAGUAGUGCUGAAAGUGUUUCUGAAGGCUCAAGGUUUUUUACCUUCAUGCAUUCUAAGCAUGAUAAAAAACCUGUGUGCAGCAGUCCCCUCCCCUUUAUACUUACCUGAGCCCCAUGGCGAUCCAGCAAUGCACACCAAAGUCUCUGCUCUUCAAGAAUUUUCCCUCACUGGCUGAGACAGCAGUCAUUGGCACCCGCUGCGGUCAAUCACAGCCAUUGAGAAAAGAGAGAGGGCAGGGCCGAGCCAUGGCUCCAUGUCUGAACAGCAAGCCUGCUCAAGUGCUGCCAGAGCAAGCGGUUUGCCCCCAGAAGAGAAGGAUCAGGGCUGCUCUGUGCAAAACCAUUGCACAGAACAGGCAAGUAUGAAAUUUUUUUUUUUAUCACUUGAAUCUUUUUACAGCCUGCUGGCAGCUUACCCUUGCCCUUUAAGAUCCAUGUUUAUAGGAGUUGCAUGAAGCUCGCUGAAAGCUUUGACAAUCCUUUGUAAAAGCUUGCGGUGUAUAAUGCUGUUUUACAAGCUGAAGCGUUUCUGUACAAGGCCUUAUAUUGUAAAAAAAAUAUAUAUAAAUAAAAAUUAGAGGUUAAAGGUAAACUUCAUACAGAAAGGGAAAAUAUCUUAUCAAGAAAAAAAAAUAACCUCAGGAAAGUGGGGAAAAAUUUGCUAUAGGAUAUCUAAUGUAAUUGGGAAAGUGGGGUGGAAAUGACCAGCUGAACUAAUAAAAGUAUUCUUACUUUGCAAUCUGCAGUUUAAUUAAAAUAUGCUAUUUAAGGUACCGUACACCCCAGGUCCAGUGAUAACUUUUACUUGUAGGGGCCAAGUAUAGAUUGUCUUUAUACUAAAAAUUGUUUCUUCGCUGAUGAUGCUUCAUAGUCCUAGUCAGUGAUAAAUGCUCUAAUUGCCACAUGUAGCUUUUUUUAAUUCCUUUUAAAUAUAAUCUUGCAUUUGUCCCAUUGACUUCCACAUAGGAAUUGAGACAUGUUCAUCAGUUCAGUAAAAAAAUUUCCUGCUGCAAUUUUUUUAUAAAAGAAAACCCCACUGCCUUGAAAAGCUCAUCUGUCCCUAACCAGUAAUAGUCUAUAGCCUAUUGAAAAAUAUAUUUUAAAGGUCAGCCCACAAAACUUUUUUUUUUUUUUCAUUUAAAUGGAGUGAAGUGGGCAAGUCUCACUUGCAAGCUUAUCUCUUAGGGACUCCAUCUAUGAGAUUCAAUUUUGGUUUCCUGUCCUCUGGAGUUUUUGGUGUUCCUACUUCCUUGUUGCAGUCCCCAUAUAAAAUAAAUUAAACAUCCAGCACGGAAAGGGGACUGCUUUUGUAAGGGUCAUGGGAUGUGUUCAGAGCUAGGAACUUGAGCACUGAAAUCUCACCAUUGGAUUUACAGAGAGAUGCAAGAAACCAUUAUAUGAUUUAAUAGUAUACUAUCCCCAUAAAUUAAGUAUAAUUGUUUUUUUUUUGGUGGCCUACCUUUCACUAGUUCUAAACCACAGAUUCACACAUGUUCAGGUACUGCUGCAUUGUAAAGUUAUCUGUGCUGAGAAGUCACAAAUAGGUACAUAUAUUGUUCUCUGAAGCAAUGAAAAUAUGUUUUUUUUUUUUUUUUUUUAUAUAUCAUAGACAAUUUAUCUAAACUGCAUAUAACCGUGCGGAAUUAAACAUCCAGAAACUUGGCGUUCAAUGUUGUGUAACUUUACCCAAUGGUACAUGAUACUUUAAUUUGUUUCCCAGUUUUGUAUCUUCUAAUUGAUUUAUUUAUGUUGAUUUGGUACGGAAGGACUUUUUCAUUUUUGAUCCACUUGUAAUAUAAAAGUAUUGAACAAAUUAAUUAAAAUUAUAUCAAAACCG